AAAAAAGCUCGGGUGAACAAUCUGUCUGAAGACCAGGUGGUUCUUGAACAGGAGCAAACAGGUGAACCGGACCAGACUGGUGAACCGGAGGGUUCCAACCCUGAAGUCACCUUUGAUGAGCCACCUCCUCAAGAUCACAAUACCGAUGAACAACCAGAAGCUGAUACUGCUGUGCCUGAUACUGAACUGGCAGAUCCAAUCUGGGCUAGUCCGGUGAGAGCUACUGAAACUCCAUCAACUCCAGACAAAGCUGCUGGAGAUAAAGAAGACGAGGUUACCAUUACUGGUAUUGGUCACACCUCGCCUGGCCAUCCUGCAAUCUUGGCCCAACAAAGCGCCAAGGAAGAGCGUGCUGCCAUAGAAAAAGGCAAAUGGACCACUGACUUGUCAAGCUAUGCUCGUCUCAGUGCUCAAGAACUCCACUCCAGUUUUCUAAACCGUCUGCACUCAAACCGUGAUUAUGAAGCCAGUUUGGUAACCUGAUGAAAGAACGCUAUGAGGCCGAGCUGAGUAAAAGGGAUGCUCAAACUGCUGAUCUUCAAGAGAACGUAAAGUCUCAACAAGCAGAAGCUUCCAAAGCCAAAGAGGAGCUGACCAAUGCCCUGGCAGCUAUGGAGAAGUUGAAAGAGACUUUCAACAAGGAGCGUGCUGACUGGGAAACAGAAAAAGCCGGUUUGAUAAAAAAGGCCGAGGACGCAGAUGCAGCCCUGAAACCGGUAGUGGAAGAACUGCCUGGCUUAAAGCGGCAGAUUGGCGCCAUGACAUCCGCUGUAUUUGGGACCCGCAUUGCUCAUCUGGGCUCUGACAUGCGGAUGAAGCUUAAAGUGGCGUACACCUUGAUGGAACAGCUAUAUUCUGGAUCCCAACGUGCUAUUUGCACUACAACAUAUAACAAGCCGGCGCCAUCGUUGAUAAAGGAAACACUUGAGAAGCUGGCCAUGCUACCUGUCCAGAUCACCGAAUUGAAGAGAUCAGCCGCAAGAUCAGGAGCGUUGACCGCGCUAAUCCGGGUGAAGGCAUGGAUUCCGGAUCUUGAACCGACAGAUAUCAUCAAAGGAUAUCCUGGCGUGAAAGAGGACGGUUCAGACUUCAAUAACGACGAUCGGCGAAGGCUAAUAAAGGAGAUGCGACCAAUAGCAAGCAAACUGGCGGAAGACACAGAUUUAUCUCACUUCCAACUGGUUUACAAUGCUGAAGGAAAGAGACAGCCUGCCGUGAUCCAUGAUGUUGAAGAACUUGUGCCUCCAAUCCAUAAGCAUACUUACGCUCCUGACAUUGACCCCUCCAGCCUUGUCCAUGAAGAGGUCGUACUUCAAGCUUUAACCGGAAUCGAUUGGUCAACGGUUGAUUUCCAGCGUCUGGGGAGGGAUGAAGAGGAUGUGACUGCACAAGAUGACCCUCAAUCGUCAAGCCGUCCCGAUGAAGCAUCUUAGACCGGUGACCGGUUUAUUAGCUAUCGUUUGCCACUGCUUGAAAACAAUUAUUCAAUUUGGGCCGUUUUGAAGCUCCUUGUAAUAGGAUAGCAGAAACACCUUUAUCUGUUAUGCC